AUGGCUCAGCUGGAAUUGGACCAGGAGGGAAGUCUGAAGGAGGACCUGAGGUUUUACUUUAUGAAUCCCUGCGAUAAAUACCGAGCCAGGCGCCAGAUUCCAUGGAAACUCUUUCUACAGGUUUUAAAGAUCGUCAUGGUGACGACACAGCUGGUCCUGUUCGGUCUCAGUAACCAGCUGGUGGUUUCCUUCAAAGAAGAGACCACGCUGGCCUUCAAGCACCUGUUCAUUAAAAGCUACGCCGGAGCUGAUGAAGAUGAUUACAGUCGCACCGUAUACACUCAGAAGGAGCUUACUGACAGCAUCUUCUUUGCUAUUGACCAGUACCGGCGGCUGAGGAACGUCUCCCUGGGCACCCUGGCCUACGACAGCCACGAAAAACACAAAGGUGUUAAAAUCUGCAAGCAGCACUUCCGCCGCGGCUCCGUCCACCCGUCCAACGACACUUUCUACAUAGACCCCACUGUGGAAACCGAGUGUCUGCACAUCGAGCAGGAAUUAUUGGCCAAGAAACCCCUCGGUGAUAUCGCUGUCAUUAACUCUUCCUUCUUCAGCUUCGAGUUCUACAGAUUGAUAAAAGUUGACAUUUCUUUCAAGCUGAAAGGGAUCGAUCUGCAGACGAUCCGGGUCCGUGAGCUGCCGGACUGCUAUUUGUUUCACAAUAAGAUAAUAUUUAAUAACCAGGCCCACAGCGGGAAAAUAAAGAUCUUCUUUGUGAGCGACGCGACCAUCCAGGACUGUAAGGACUGGCAUAUUGCGGGGUCCACCCAGAAGAACACGCAUUAUAUUCUGGUGUUCGACGGAUUUGUGAUUUUGACGUGUUUGACGUCUCUAAUUCUCUGCACGCGAUCCAUCGUUCUCGCUGUUAGGCUACAAAAAAGAUUUGUUCGCUUUUUCUUGGAAAGACGCAAACGUCGCGUAUGUUCGUCUGACCGGCUGCAGUUUAUAAACGGUUGGUACGUCCUGGUGAUCAUCAGCGAUUUGAUGACGAUAAUCGGCUCGGUAAUGAAGAUGGAAAUCAAAGCCAAGAACCUGAGCUCUUACGAUGUUUGCAGCCUCUUACUAGGAACCUCCACCCUCCUUGUUUGGGUCGGCGUCAUCCGGUACCUGGGAUAUUUCCAAAAAUACAAUGUUCUUAUAUUAACAAUGCAAGCGUCGCUACCCAAAGUGCUGCGCUUUUGUUGCUGCGCAGGGAUGAUUUACCUGGGGUACAUGUUCUGCGGCUGGAUCGUGUUAGGGCCUUAUCACGAGAAGUUCGAGGAUCUGAACACGGUGGCUGAGUGUCUCUUCUCCCUGGUGAACGGCGACGACAUGUUUGCCACGUUUGCCCAGGUCCAGCAGAAGAGUCCCCUGGUUUGGUUGUUCAGCCGGCUUUACCUCUACUCGUUCAUCAGCCUCUUCAUCUACAUGAUCCUCAGUCUGUUCAUCGCGCUCAUCACCGACUCGUACGAAACCAUCAAGAAAUACCAGCAGCAUGGCUUCCCGGCCACCGACCUCCACGAAUUCCUCCAGGGAAGCGAUGCCGCAGCCGGGGGAGAAAACGCGGCUGAGAAGGCGGAUCGCGCCAUUUCUCUCUUCUGCUGCUGCGCGAGACCGUGUGGAGACGACGAGAUGCUGCUAAGGAACUGAGAUGGCGUUGGAUGCGAUCAGAGGAAACGGGGGGGCGUAAAGACUUCUUACCCCCCCGUCCGAGGAGCGGCCACGCUCUCUGCGCAUGCUCAGCCGUUCUGGGAUUGGAAAUUCCGACUCUUAUUUUUGAUAUUUUGCUGUAAAUUAAGGGUUUUCCUGACGAACGUUUAUUACAUGGAUUAAGUUUGUAUCAUAAAUAAAAAUUGGGUAAUUUGUGUCUCGG